AAAAAGAGAUAUUCAACCGACACAAUGCCAUCUACACACUUUCAAAUGUCGAACAUUGUGUACUAUUAUUGUUGACAGAUUGCACACAUAUUUCCAUUUAAAUCUUUUUUUUUAUUCAAUUCUCAUCAUGAUUCGCGCCCGAACGAGUGAUGUUUUAAAUGAAAUGUUUCUCUGUUUUUUCUUGAAAGACCGAAAGUUUUUUUUAUUGUGGCAUUGAAAAAUUGGUUGGUGUAGCAACAAAUAAGUGUUGUUGUUUAAACAGCUAUAUUUACACAUAGUUCCAUUGACAUUGGAGUGUGUGUAAUAUCAAAACAUUGUGUGCGAAAAAGUCAAAACAAAAGACCACCGAAAUGAGAGACUUGUUCGAACGAUUAAAAGUGCAAUUGAAGCGAAAUCGUAUGUUCAACUAUGGAUUGCCAUUGCUUACACUUGUGGUCUUGGGACCAUUUGUUUUGCAACAUUUCGGCGAAGUUAGAUACAAGUAUCGUAAAGUAAAACAAGUGCCAAAAGAAGAGCUGGAAGCAAUGGGACUCAAAUCAACAGAGGAUAUUACACUUGAAAGCGAGUAUGAGAAGAUUAAACAAAUGGACAUUGAUACGUGGGAACAAAAGCGAGGCCCACGUCCAUGGGAGGAGAAUUUCGAUGAAGACCCGGCAAAGUAACUUUAUCCCACUUUCGACACACGGCAAAGUGGCAAAAUUAAAAGUGAAAGAAAAAAAUGUAAACAUUUUUUUAAAUGUAGAAACUAAUGUUUUAUUAUUGAGACAUUAUUAUUGAAAAAAUAAAAAUAGGAAUUUGU